AUGACGCGGCUAGGUGAUUGUGUUUGUACCCGCGGGCCAGUGGCCGCCUGCCACGUGGCGGGCGCGGGUCCUCCAGUCUUCGUGGUCGUCGGCGAAGCGGGAGCUACCGACGGCGUGCAGGAAGGAGGUCGAAGGGAGAUAGCGACGGCGGCGGCCAGCAGCAGAGGCUGCCGGCGGGAGAGAAAAGCAGGCGGUGGUGGGAGCGAGGACGGCAGCGGCGCGGGCGCGAGCGGAGCUGCUGCCGGGAGGCAGAAACCAGCGAGGAUGGGACGGCCGGCGCGGGACAGAGUUGCCAGCGGGAAUGGAAACGGCCGGCAGUGGCAAGUACAUGACACAGACCUACAAACCUGCAACGUGCAGAGCGGCGCUUCGGUGGUGGACCGGUGGCUGGGCGGCGGCUGGGUGGUGGCCCGGUGGCAGGACGGAGCCUCCCCGGGGGCUGGGCAGAGCGGAGCGGCGGGGCCAAGCGGAGCUAAGCGGCGGGUCGGUCGAGCAGCAAGAGGCCGAGCGGCGGCUGGGGAGCUGGGGCCGCAGGGAGUGGAGGCCAGGGGCACGGGGAGUGGAGGGCUGCAGGUGGUGGGAGCCGCAGUGACAGGCGGUGGCGGGCGGUCUCCGGAGGAGGCGUUGCCAGCGGGGAGAGGCACUGCGAACCGGAGACAGCAGGGGCCGGAGAUUGCAGGGCCGCCGGAGGCCGGUGCCGGUAGGGGGCAGGAGUCCAAAGAAGGAGACACGAGGCCCGAGGGAGGUUAG